AACAUUAUUACCAAUCGCGACAACACCCGAUGCGGAGGAGUUUAAUUUUAUACAUAUAUCACGCGGGGAGUUUUUCCUAUUCAAGCUAUCUCGUAUUUUCGAUGAAAACACUCGUUUCGACCUGCGUAGUUUUCUUGUAUUAAUACAAGACUUGAUGAGACUAGUGAAAGUGACUUUGGCAGUUCCCGCACAUCUUUCCUAUUGUUCUUCUAAAAUUAUUUAUUAUUUCCUACUUUUUGCCAACGCCUUUCCCAGUUUUCCUCUAUACAGUUUCAACUUGGUUCUUACAAUUUGAAAAUGGAGGCUCAACUCGUAUCAAAAAUGCAGACAACCACGCUUCGAAACAAUGACAAGCGACAAACUGACUUCGCCAAAGAUGCCCCAAGAAUAUCCCGAUACUCGCUGGCGGACAAGGCUUCGUCGAGGGGGGAAAUGGACUACCAUUUCAGAAUAAUUACCGCCGAAGACAAGGAGAACGUUCUGAAAUUCCUUAGGCGAUUCUUCUUCAGAGACGAACCAUUAAAUCAUUCAAUCCGACUGAUUCCCGAUGGAGAGAACAGCACCUGCGUUGAACUAGAAGAUUACAGCAUGUCGAGCAUCGACGACAACCUCAGUAUGAUGGCAGUUUCCGCAUCUGGUGAAAUUAUAGGGGUAUUACUCAACGGAGUUAUGGAACCGCCCACGGAGGGGGAGCCAGAGUACGUAACGAACUGUGAGAAUCCGAAAUUCAAAAAAAUUUUGAAACUCUUGUGUCACGUAGACAAGAAAGCUGGCCUGGCGAAAAAAUUCCCCGAUCAGAGGGUAUUGGAAUUGAGAAUAAUUUCCGUCGACGGAACAUGGAGAGGCAGAGGUGUGGCCAAAGCGCUGGUGGAAAGAACAGAAAAUUUGGCCAAGGACCUCGGUUUCGACGUUUUACGAUGCGAUUGCAGCUCUUUCUAUUCGGGAAAGUUGUGUCAGCGACUCGGAUUCGAAACCACGUACGCCCUUCCAUAUGCCGAGUACGUCGACGAAGAUGGAAAGCCAAUUUUUACACCAUCUGAUCCACACGCAGGAAUCGUAACUUACGUUAAGAAAAUCUAAGAUCCUUGCGUACUAUAGUUCGUCGUAAGGAUCUCGUUCAAACUAACAUAUAUUUAAGCCAAUUAUUAUCCAGCAAAGUGCCCUUCGAUUCCUUUGAAUUUAUUGUACAGGUAAAAUGUUAAUUAUUUCCCACAUACUUUAAAUUAAAUUAUUUCAUUACCAUCAUUAU